AUGCUGUUUGCGGAUGAUUUUGUCGGUAUGUCGGACACCCCUGAGGGACUGCAACUGCAAAUUGACGCGGCGAAGAAGUUUACUGAUAAGUGGAGAUUGUCUGCCAACGUUCAGAAGAGUGCCGUCAUGGUAUGCAACGAGGACAAGGAGGAACCGGUAGGACAUAGAUGGAAGUGGGGGAUCAAGGAGAUUGCAGUAGUGGACCAGUACACAUACCUCGGAGUAGAGAUCGCAAAAGACUGCUCGUGGAAUGCACACAUGUCCAAGGUAGCGGAAAAGGGCAAAGCACGAGCAGGGAAGCUGCAUCCAAUACUCGCAAACCGGCACCUCGAUACACGUGUUGGAUAUACUCGUAGCAUAGUAAACAUGGUUGAAUAUGGGACAUGGAUCUACGGAGAAAUUGGUAGAUUGCGGAGGAACUUGGUUUCUUCGAAGAUUCGAUGA